AUGGUGCGGAGUGUGGCUGUUAUCGGGGCCGGGGCUGCUGGGUUGGCCUCCAUCAAGUGCUGCCUGGAUGAGGGGCUAGAGCCCACUUGCUUCGAGAGGAGCGAGGACAUCGGGGGGAUCUGGCGCUACACGGACUCCAUGGAUGGCAGGAGGGUCAGCGUGUAUCGCUCCAUCAUCAGCAACACCUCCAAGGAGAUGUCCUGCUUUAGCGACUUCCCUUUCCCAGAGGAUUUUCCCAGUUGCCUACCCCACAGCCUCCUUCUGGAGUACUUCCGGAUGUACGCCUGGCACUUCAACCUCCUGCAGCACAUACACUUCAAGACAACAGUUCUCAGUGUGAGGAAGCACCCGGAUUUCACCACUUCAGGCCAGUGGGAGGUGGUCACUGAGACCAACGGCAUCCAGGAGUCACACAUCUUCGAUGCUGUCAUGGUUUGCACCGGCCACUACCAGAAGCCCAACUUACCAUUGGCUUCCUUCCCAGGUAUCAACACUCGCUUCAAAGGCCAGUACCUCCACAGCUGCGAAUACAGGGACGUGGAGGCUUUCCGGGGAAAGCGGGUCCUUGUGGUUGGCGCUGGCAACACCGGCGGUGACUUAUCUGUGGAGCUGAGCCACGUGGCUGCGAAGGUGUUCCUCAGCUCCGGGAGCAGCACAUGGGUGUUAAGCCGGCUUUCAGACCAUGGCUUCCCCUGGGACAUGAUCAGCACCACCCGUUUCAACCACUUUCUUGAGUGGCUUCUCCCAGCAGCCCUCAUGAAGAGGAUCAAGUUUCGAAAGUUCAAUUCACGGUUUAACCACGAGAACUAUGGCUUGGCUUCCACCAAAAGCUCCAACUUCAAGAUAAUUAUCAACGAACAGCUGCCAUUUUGCCUUCUCUCUGGGACCAUUGUGUUGAAGCCAAAGGUGAAGGAGUUCACCGAAAGCUCUGCUGUUUUUGAAGAUGGGACAACUGCAGAAAACAUCGACGUGGUGCUCUUUGCCACGGGCUACAUCUUCUCAUUUCCAUUCCUCGAAGAGUCGGUUUGCAGCCUCUUUGAUGACAACCGCUCCCUCUAUAAACGCAUCUUCCUUCCCCAGCUGGAAAAGCCAACGCUGGCCAUCAUUGGCUUAGUCCAGCUGACCGGCUCUGUGAUGGUGGGAGCAGAAAUACAAGCUCGCUGGGUGACAGGGAUAUUUGCAGGCUGGAACAAGCUCCCUCCCAACACCAAGAUGAUGGCUGAUGUGUCAAAGAAGAAGCCACUGGUGAAAAGAAAUCCUGCUGAGAGGGAGAACUUGAAGAUGAGUUUUAUCAGCUACGCCGAUGAAAUUGCUUCAUGUGCCGGUGUAAAGCCCAACAUGCUGAAGCUGCUCCUGACAGAUCCCCGGCUGGCCCUGGCCGUCUUCUUUGGCCCUUGCUCGCCCUACCAGUACCGACUGGUGGGACGAGGGAAGUGGAGCGGGGCCAGAGAUGCCAUCCUGACUCAGUGGCAGCGGACACUGAAGCCCUUGAGACCAGUGGCUCUCACAGCAGGUUUCCUGCUUUCUAAAUACCCCCGGCCAGGCUGGAGCCCCUGGGCAGGUCCCCAGCUGUAG